AUGGAUUUCGAACCAAAAAACAUGCCAACGACCCGCUAUGAGAUUGUCUCAUGUUCUGCACCUACAGCGCCAGGCUCCACUAACGUGAUCUUCACGCCCUUCUCGAAGCUGCUGGGCGCAUCGACUACCAAGAGCCACCCAACAGUACGAUGCGGAGAUCGACCACAAUCUCACCAAGUGAAGGUGGAGCUUACUGGACGCCUCAUUGGCAACAUCCUUAAGCAGGGGUUCACAUUACCGCCUCCUAUGAGCAAAUGCGACUCACCCGAAAGCUGGAAAGGAAGAUCUGUCACCGUGUUGGAGGACGAAGAGAAGUCGUAUAUGACGGCGCCAGAUGGAGGAGCUUCUGUCCAUUUGUGGAUGGCCCAUUGA